AAAAAAAAACUCUUCCGUAGUUUCACUCCAGUCCCUCUACUUCGCCUGCAUCCAUCAUGGCAUCCACCGACGAUUUCGUUAUUUCUACUUUGGUUUACAAUUAUUUAUUGAAAAAAGACUCGUCAAUUGCUAAAGUAUUUCAAACAAAAACACAUGUGAAUCCAUUACCAAAAGGAUCACCAAGCAUCGAAGAAAUUGUACAGCACUAUCAAAAAAGUUCUCCAAAAAAAAUAAACAUAAAAGCUCCAGCUAAGUCAGCUAAAUCAGAUUCGAGCUCAGAUAGUGAAGAGGAAGAAGUUGCAAAGAAGCCAUUAGUCAAUGGAAAAGCUAAGGCACCUGCAAACAAUAAACCCGAGUCUUCGUCUGAUGAUUCAAGCUCAGAAGAGGAAGCUAAACCGGUAGCCAAGAAACCUGUAGCUACUUCCAAGGCUACACCAGCUAAAGCUCCUGCUAAAAAAGAGAAAUCAAGUUCAGAAGAAGAGAGUUCUGAAGAUGAAAAACCUCAAGCUAAAAAGCCAGUUCCACCAAAGGCUGCUGCGAAAAAAGAAUCAAGCUCCUCAGAGUCUGAUUCUGAAGAAGAAGAAAAAGCCAAACCUGUUGUCGCUAAGGCUACUCCUGCUAAAGCUCCUGUAGCCAAAAAAGCAAAGUCUUCAAGCGAAGAAAGCUCCUCCGAUGAAAACGAUAAUGAAUCUAAGACAAAAGCAGUCACUGCUAAACCAACACCAGUUGCAGCUAGAAUUCCACUGAAACCAGACUCGAGCUCUGACGAUGACAGCAGUGAUGAGGAGACACCAGUGAAAACAGUUGCACGUAAACCUGCUGCUCAGGCUACACCGAAAGCUACUCCCAAGAAGGCAAAGUCCAGUGACGACUCGGAUGAUUCCUCAGAAGACGAGAAACCAGCUGCCAAACCGGCUGUAGCUAAACCAACACCCGCGAAAGCACCCGCAAAGAAAGAGUCCUCAAGUGAAGAAAGCAGUGAUGAUGAUGAUGAUGAGCCACCGGCGAAGAAAACUGCGCCAGCAAAACCAGCUCCAGCAGCCCAACAAAAGAAAGUCGCUGCGAACAAGGGGAAAGCACCCAGUAGCAGUGAAGAAAGUAGUUCAGAUGAGGAAGAGUCACCCAAGAAACCAGUAGCUAAAUCAACACCUGCUAAAACUCCAGCGAAAGCCAAGGAAUCGUCGAGCGAUGAUUCAGAUUCCUCUGAAGAAGAAACUAAACCCACGGCUAAAGUAACACCCGCUGUAAAGAAACCAGCCAAGUCGUCGAGUGACGAUUCCGAUAGCUCUGAUGAAGAACCAGCUAAGCCAGCAGUGAAAGCAACGCCCGUAAAACAGGCUAAGCCAGCCGAAUCAAGCGAGGACUCUUCCUCCGAUGAUGAUGAUGAUGAAGAAGAAAAGAAACCGAAACAAGCUCCUAUUGUCAAAACGCCUGCUAAAAAAGAAUCUAGCUCAGAAGAAGAGUCUGAUGAAGAAGAAGAAAAACCUAAACCUAAGCAGAAACCAGCUGGUGUAGGCGAGAAAAGAAAGCGCGAAGAUUCUGAAAUGAAUGGAGCAGCGACACCGGCCAAAAAAGCUAAUUACAGUAAUUUCGUAAAAGCUAGCAACGACGGAAGCACAGAAAAGGAUGGAGAUGGAGAAUCGAGUAACAACUUUGAUAAACAAAACGGCGGUGGUCGUGGACGAGGCGGAUUUGGUGGUAGAGGCGGCCGCGGUGGAUUCGGCUUCCGCGGUGGCAGAGACGGCGAUAACGGCGGAUUUAGAGGCAGAGGUGGCGGAUUCAGGGGUAGAGGCGGUGACCGUGGUGGUCGUGGGGGUGAUCGCGGCGGUGGUCGUGGAGGACGCGGUGGUUUCGAUAACAAUAGAAAGUCUUGGGAUAACAAAGAGGGUGGUGGGUUCAGAAAAUCAUUCGGUGGUGACGGUGAUAGGCGCGGGGGUGGCAAUAACUUCCGUGGCGGUCAACGAAAAUCAUUCGGAGGCGAAAGUAACAAGUCAUUUAAUUCGACACCGACUCAAAAUAAAAAAAUAACAUUCGACGAUUAAAUAAAUUAGCCGUAAAUUAACUAUUAAUCAAUUAAGAUAAAAUAUAUAUAGAUUGUAAUUUUUUUUUAUUGACUCGCAAUUCUCCUCGUUAUACUAGAACGCAAAAGUUAUUUUGUGUUUAAUGACAUUGAUCUUUAUGUAUAUUUCUAUUAGUUAUAUUUUUUUAAUCAUUUUAUAAAUAUAUAUAUAUAUAUUGUUUUUUUUCUCACACUCAGCGAGGAGCACGAGGAUCAUGGGGAGAAAAAGCAAAUAUCGAUUUGAAACAUACGAGAGGUAAAUCAUUUCGUCAUGAAAAAACUAAAAAGAAACGCGGUAGUUAUCGAGGUGGACAAAUAGACAUGUCUGUAAAUUCAAUCAAGUUUGAUGACUAAGUUUGUAAUGUUAUAAAUUUAUACAUAUGACUUCGACGAUCAACACAAUAGCAACAUUAAAAAUAUUUUAUAUCUUAAUCUAUUAAUUUAAAUUAAGUGAUACAAUCUUUUUUUUUUUCUUUUACUGAUAAAUACUUUAUUACGUAUAUUUAACAGAACUUUAUAAAUAUAAAGUUAUCUUAGAAUUAAAUUUAAUUGUAUUAAAUAAUAAAUAAGAUUUUGCAUCUUCUGUGACUACUGAUGCAACACAUUCAACAAUUUUAUAAAGUUAUCAGUAAUUAAAAUAUUGUAAGAUUAUUCGUUUGUUUGUUUUUUAAGUAAUAGUAAUAAUGAAUAAGUAUAACAAUAUUCUUAUCUUAAAUGCAUCUUAUUAAUUAUUUUUGUAAUAAUUUUCUUAAUGAAAAUUUUAUUUAAAAAAAAAAGAUGUUUGAGAAAACCUAACGAUGACUAUAAAUAUGAAUGACUAAAACAUUAUAAAGAAAUUACAUUAAAUAUAAAUAAAAAUAAAAUAAAAACAAA